AAGCAAAUAAAGUUUUAAGUACUUCUUAUUACAUAUUUACUAAUGUUCGAAGUAAUAAAUAAAAAUUUAGAGUUGUUGUCCCCGGAAGUGAUGUGACCGAACUUCCUUUCACGAUCGUCAACAUGUCGGAUCAAACGGAGGACAAGUCUAACAAGCGGGCAACAAAUCCCAUGCGGGAGCUCCGCAUUCGAAAGUUGUGCCUCAACAUCUGUGUAGGAGAAUCCGGUGACAGAUUGACCAGGGCAGCAAAGGUGUUGGAGCAGCUGACUGGCCAGCAGCCAGUUUUCUCCAAAGCUCGCUACACUGUGCGCUCCUUUGGCAUCCGCAGAAACGAAAAGAUUGCUGUCCAUUGUACAGUGCGUGGGGCUAAAGCAGAGGAGAUUCUUGAACGAGGGCUAAAGGUACGAGAGUAUGAAUUGCGCAAAAACAACUUUUCCGACACUGGCAACUUUGGAUUUGGCAUUCAGGAGCACAUAGACUUGGGGAUUAAGUAUGACCCUGGCAUUGGCAUUUAUGGCAUGGACUUCUAUGUUGUCCUUUGCAGACCUGGUUUCAAUGUAAAUCAGAGGCGAAAGCGCAAAAGUUCCAUUGGGUUCCAGCACAGAGUCACAAAAGAAGAGUCCAUGAAAUGGUUUCAACAGAAGUAUGAUGGUAUCAUUUUGCCUGGAAAGUGAGCUGCUUGCUGUGGACACCAAUCUCUUUUCAAAAAGACUCUCGUUUCACUAAAAUCUGCAGAUAUAAAUAAAAUCAUGCAGAUUUGUGA